CGUACAGUUCAUAGGGGCUCCAGCAAGCAGAAGGAGCUGAUGCGCUCGAAAUAAUUCGUUUCUUCAGCCUUUAUAAGACGUAAUAAAAACGUUGUAAAGAAAAGAAAAAAAAAAGAUUAAAUCGUAAAGCAUUCGUGGAAGGUCGUAGAAAGAAAUGAAUGAUCACGGUUACGCUUUGAGGUACAAGAAAAUUAGGACUAGCUUGUUAGCUAUCAGAGCUUUCUGAGGUAAAUUAGCUAAGCUGUGUUUGCUAACGCUGACUAGCCAGCGCGCACAGGGCUGCAGUGAGACCGGGCUGAGGUUGAAGCUGGAAUGGUCUUGGUUCUGCCUCUGUUCGCUGCAUGUGGUGGGCUAGUUUCCUAGCUAGCUAGCGCGUCGGUCGGCGGAGUUAGCUGAUGGACGGUUUUGCGGGCGCACAGCGCGACUACUCCGUCGUCGUUUGGUUUCGGUACUGGGGCGGUUAGCUUGGGUAGUUAGCAGAAAUCCAGUACGGAUGUCUUGGCAGGCAGCAUCGUCCCGAACUCAACGGGACAACUCGAGUUGGUAGUCAGCAUUAUCGAACGGCGGUGUCCGGGGGGUCGGUUCCAGGCUUUAGCAGGCGGUAAGACGUGCUCAUUAUUUAGACAGCUGGUCUCCUCCUCCUGUAUAGCACACGGUUAGCGUUCAUGCUAACUAAAUCAGUUAUUUAAUAUUAUACUAAUUAUUGAAGAUUUAGGGCCUGUCCUAAAUCUUUUGCUCGUGUUCACUGGGCUAGCUAGUCAACAGGCAGGUUACUGUCGUGUGAGUGUGUGCGUGUGUGUGUGCUCAUAUACAUUAUAUAUAAAUAUAUAUAAACAUGUGUGUAUAAAUAUAUAUAAUCACACAUCCCAAGGCCUAGGCGAUUGGCAUGAUUCUUUAGCAGCUAACGCCGUUUCUCUUCGCUGCAUCGACACGCCGAUUUAGGAAGGUAACCACCUGCUGAGACGGAGGCAGCAGCAAAUAUUCGUGCUUCUUCGAAAGGGGGAAAAUAUAUAGAUAGAUAUAUAUACACACGUAUAUAAAAGAUCGUUUUUCUGAACCACACUGCGGCGAUGACGCUGGAGUCGAUGAUGGCCUGCUGCUUGAGUGAGGAGGCCAAGGAGUCGAAGAGGAUCAACGCCGAGAUCGAUAAACAGCUUCGCCGAGACAAGCGAGACGCGAGGAGGGAGCUCAAACUUCUCCUCCUGGGCACAGGUGAGAGUGGCAAGAGCACCUUCAUCAAACAGAUGCGCAUCAUUCAUGGCUCGGGUUACACCGACGAGGACAAGCGCAGCUACACCAAGCUCGUCUACCAGAACAUAUUCACCUCCAUGCAGGCCAUGAUCCGUGCCAUGGACCAUCUCAAGAUCCUGUACAAGUAUGAGCAGAACAAGGCCAAUGCUCUUCUGGUGAGGGAGGUGGAUGUGGAGAAGGUCUGCUCUUUUGACCAACCCUACAUCAACGCAAUAAAGAUGCUGUGGGCUGACCCGGGGAUCCAGGAGUCCUACGAUCGCAGGAGAGAGUAUCAGCUGUCUGACUCCACCAAAUACUAUCUAAGUGAUCUGGAUCGCAUCGCAGACUCAUCCUAUCUACCAACCCAGCAAGAUGUCCUUAGGGUCCGUGUUCCAACUACUGGAAUCAUCGAAUACCCUUUCGACUUGCAAAGCAUUAUUUUCAGGAUGGUGGAUGUGGGGGGCCAGCGUUCAGAGCGCAGGAAGUGGAUCCACUGCUUUGAAAAUGUGACUUCCAUCAUGUUCCUCGUUGCCCUGAGCGAGUAUGACCAGGUCCUGGUGGAAUCAGAUAAUGAGAACCGAAUGGAGGAGAGCAAAGCCCUUUUCCGGACGAUAAUCACCUACCCCUGGUUCCAGAACUCCUCAGUCAUUCUGUUCCUGAAUAAAAAAGACCUGCUGGAGGAAAAGAUCAUGUACUCUCAUCUGGUUGACUACUUCCCAGAGUUUGAUGGUCCACAGAGAGACGCCCAGGCAGGACGCGAGUUCAUCCUGAAGAUGUUUGUGGAGCUAAACCCUGACAGCGACAAGAUCAUCUACUCGCACUUCACCUGCGCCACGGACACGGAGAACAUCCGCUUCGUCUUCGCCGCCGUCAAAGACACCAUCCUGCAGCUGAACCUCAAAGAGUACAACCUGGUGUGAAGGAGGGGGAGGGAUAAAGAGGGACACCUGCAGCUUCAUGCACAACACAAUUUUUAAUGUAUCCUACAUACAUCCACGCUUGUAACAUAAUCGAUUUAGACUGACACAACUCUGCUUUUUUUUUUCAGGCACAGGUCUUUACGUUUUGUUGUUCGUUUAUUUUACCAAAUUUUUUUCCUUCGGUCAUUUCUGACAGCGUUAUCAGUUGCUGCGGGCAGCGUUUUGCCCUGUUCCAUCAGCUGAUAACUCCACUGCUUGUACCUCCUGAUUUCCUCUCUAACGAGAGUGUUAGGACACUUAGUCUGUGUGUGGUGGUGCUCAGUAGAAUUGCAUUGCAAAUCGUAAGAACCUCAGAAUCCCUGACCCUUGAUCUUAGGAGAAAGCGGUGUGAAUGGAGGCUAUAACUAUAACUCCAUGCCAAACUAUCAGCACAGGCAACAUUCUAGCAGGGCAUUGAGUGCAGUUUUAUAUUAUAUAAUAUUAUAUAAAAUAUUUUUUUUUUCUCUCUGCGUGCCUCUCCAAGGCUAAACCUCACCUUGCAUCUUUUGAAUGUAACUUGAUUUGAUUUUCAACAUCUAACCGGACGUCAAGACGUUUCACGCCGCACGGCAGAGACCUCGUGCAUUUGAGUUUUGUGUAUUAGGAAUAAUUUAAACAUUUCUCACAGCCCUACUGCUGUAGUAAAAAAAAAAAAAAAAAAAAAAAGUUAUUCGUGAGUUAUGUGGAAAUAGAUUUUCUGAACGAACGAGGAGCGGAUCAGAUGAGCGCGAGUCGUAUCGUCGCCUCGCUACCAUUUCACACACACUUUUAAAGGUCCUUUAUUCACAAUAGAGCGCACAACUCGCUAGCGCUUCUCCUCCUCCGUCUGUACCGUCUGCCAAAUUUAUAUCUAGCUACUUUUGAUGUUGAUUCGUUUGCUACUUUUGUUUCUUUUUUUUUUUUUUUUUGCCAGUAUUGGUUGGUACAGUUGAAGGGAUUUGAAGAAAAAAAAAAACCGACAAAAAAAACCCUAAUGUAUUUAGAAGUUUUGCGAAACAAAAUCGUAUUUUCUCCUGUAUGUUUACAUGCAUUGUUAAGAAUCAGUAGUUUCAGUAUAAACCCAGGUGUUAUUUUGCCACAUAGUAUCUCUUAUUUUCGACAAUGUGAUAUGCUUACUAAAUCCUGUUGUUCUGGAGUGCGUCAUGCGUACUUGAUGGUGAACAUUGAACAUUUCAGUAGUCGGUGUUUGUGUGGCAACAGUCUGAAGUAAACGCUUGGAAAGAAAAAAAAUAGACAGUACGUUCUCCUUAGCGUUCAAACUGCUGGUUCCAUGAAGAACACUUUCUCUGGCCGACGUCGUCCCACACAAGCGUGCUGUACAAAAGUGGAAUCGAUCUUCUCUAUUUAUGUAAUUUAUGGACCAGAUAUAUAAAUGUUAAUAGGACUUGUUUUUCCCCUUGCCAUGGUUGUUUGAAAUGAAAAGGGGAGGAGUCCAUACUGCUGUAAAAUCUAUAGGCUAAUCUACUUUACUUUCAGUAUUUUGUACAUGCUUGUCACUUAUGUUUUUUUUUUUUGUGUGUGUGUGUUUGGGUUGACAGUUGCCAUUUCGAAGAUGCGCUUUAUGCAAAUAGGAAACACAAGAAUUCAUUAGUGGAUAAUCAACACUUAGUAGGCUUUCAGCUGCGACCUGAAAGGUUUGACUCGGUAUCGGUAGUAGUAGUUAUGCUUGAUGCCUGUGUAAAUUUCUUAGCUGUUGUGGUAAGGAGAUGAUUUUAGAUUUUCUUUGCAAUGUAAUUCAGGUGAGUUUUCAUACUUUCAUUAUAAGGGCUAAUUAUGGGUGACCUUGACAGAAUGCAAGAACACUAUGGAGUCUGAGACAGCAAUAGGUGCACCGGAGCGAGAAGCUGAAGCGGGGUGACGUUGUCUUCGUGUGUGCGUGAUGGCAUGAUUAUCGUCUUUACACAUUUAGCUUGGGAUAAACCUGACAAAUCAUUUGUUUUGUCUGCAAUGCGAUGGGAAGCUCGGCGUAAUUCUAGGCUUUAACGGAAGUGUUUUUUUUUUUUUUUUCUUUUCUUUCACUCCAUCCGUUCACUAGGAGAUGGAGAUUGAAAGCGGAAGAGUGGGUGAAAAAUGCACUACACUAUUCUGAUUUUUUUUUUCACAAGCGUCUGGCAUAUUUAUGAAAAAGAUCUUUAGGGGUUGGUACAACAACAGAUCUCCAAGAACCUCAGCCUGAUCUCUGCAUCAUGCUCUGAAAGAACACUACCCAGAAUCCCCCUCACUGAUUCGGCUUCUCUAUUCGAUGAUGAUUGUAUAGUAAAAAUGUACAUACAGUUAUAGGCGAGGAAACAUUUUUCUCUUUAUUAUAUUUCCCUCACUACUUGUGAGCUGUGUUUUUGGUAUUAAAGGUAAGGUUGUGCAGUUUGAGAACGGGUCCAGAUUUUGCUCGUGCCACAGAAUUAGCAUGUGACGCUAAUUAUUAUUUUUUUCCUCCUGAUUUUUCGCCUGUAUUCCAGAAGAUCGUUUGGUCUUUGGCUUGAGAUUGUAGCCCCCUGUCUACAUAACGACUCACUUUUGGAUCGAAAAGGUUAACCAUGACUACGUUCAUCACACACUUUGUUCACGUCACAUGGGCGGCUGAUGGAUUCAGGUGCGAGGCCACUGCUGCUGUAUAUUUUUAUUCCUUUUUUUGUUUUUUCCCUUAAUGUGCAGUUUAUGGUCACUGUUAACUCACUGAAACUGUAUUUUUGGGACACGUAUGGGCGAUUUGUUCCAGCUUCAAGGUAAUAUCGAGCCCUGCCCUAUUUAGCCACGCAUCUCUGAUUAUACGAAACUUGUGUAUUUGUUUAUAUUGAAUAUGAAAGCUAAGGUUUGGACUGCAUUGUACUGAAGCUGCAUACACUAGACAUACUCCUGCCAUUUCUCACUAAAAGGAAGCACUACAGAUCUUCUUGUAGGGUAACAUAUUGCAAAAAAACACACACACAACAGAGUUUUUACCACACCUAAGCAUUAACUCUUUCAUGAUGAUGUGGGUUCGAGCCGCAGAGUUCUGUGUUGAGUUUUGUUCUCCUCGGGCCAGCGCCCGCACCGAACCCGCUUCGCAUUAACGGCUGCGUUUGUCCGGUUUUGGUCGAGCACAUUCCUGGUACUCUGAGAUGUGAACACUAAUUAAUGGAAUGGAUGCUUUUUUUUUUCCUUUUUUUUUUUUUUUUUUUUUGGGGUGGGAUUGCUUGAGGUCCAUACUGAAGUGUUGGAUAGAGGAAAUAUGAAGCUAAUUUCUCUUACUACUUUAAUAGUAAUUGACCUGUUUGUAGGACCACUCCAUAGAUUUGUUUAGUUUUUAGUUUUUUUGGUUUUGGUAAAGAAAAAUAUUGCGGUGUAUAAAAUCAGUUUGUUUGUUUAGCUUUUUUUUAAGCAUACCAAAUGUAAAUGAUGUACUAUAAUGUGUGCCAAUCCCCUUUCUUUGUAGAGCCAGACUUUUAACAAGUGCCAAUAUUGUGUAAAACCAUAUUAAAAAGAAAAAAAAAAAAAAGAGAGAAAGGACUUGGUCAAUGUAUUUUAUGGUCCUUGUUUUUCCAAACAAAACACCAAGUAUGUGAUUUAAGUUAAACAGAUAAAGGACACUUCUAUUGCGUAUUUAAGGUUAAAGAUGCUAAACUUCUUCUGUUUUUAACUCCAAUUCCAUCUUAAUUGCAUGUGUGUGUGAUUGGCUGGGGCGCGGGUGGGCCGGUGGGAGGGACGAGGGGGGGCAACAAGGGGCUUAAUUCUCUCAUUUACAGUGUUUUAGCCAUAUUUCUCUUUUCUAUGGUUCAUUUCAGCCACUGUUGCCUGAAGCUCAUUCAAACAUGGAAACAGUUUUCAUAACCUUCUCCUUCGAAGAAAAACUAUCUGUUUUAAAUUGGAAUAAACUUUGUUCCUAUA